UGGAGAAUAAUGGAUUCUAAAUACGUCUACAUUAAAAAAAGAAAUCAAUUUGGCAAGCAAUGUUUUUUCGAGGAUAUUGGGCCAACUGUCGAAGAAGAUAUUCUUCCAGAACCGCGUCUUCACAAAAGCUUUAUUAGUCAACAAAUAAAUCAUGGUAGUACUCAAGAAUCAGUACAAUACGCACUUCACGAGGUUAGAUCAGACUUAUCUUAAGAAUUAUAUUUCUAUACUCAUAUUUUUAGUACUAUUUUAUUCGUUUGUAUGAUCAGAUUCAGACUACGUCCGGAAAAAUAAAAAAUUCGGGAAUACGCCAUUUAGAGGGUAGUUGGCCAAAGGAAAUAAAUCCAUUAGACGAAGAGGCAGUUCGUAGAUUUCGUCAAAGAGUCGUCAAAGGUGACAAUUGGACUGCGUCUAUGAAUCCACUUAUGGAAGUAAGCAAAAUAGUUUUCUUUUUCCACUGUAAAAAUUCAUCGUUAUAAUUUAUUAUUUUCUUAGACAAUGGAACAUAUGGUAAUGCAAAAUAAUGCUAUCGAUAUUCACGAUAAUUACUUCAGUGACAUGAUACCUACGAAAUUAACGAUUUCCCCUGAGAUGAGGUAUAAUCUAAGAUAUCAUUUUCAAAUAAUUGAAUUAUACAUAUGUAUAUAUAUUUUUUUAUUUUUGUUUAAUUUUUCAAGUUUAUAUGUUUAUAACGAUCCGAUCUAAAUUUAAUCAACAUUAUAAAGAAGUUGAAAUAAUCAUUAUGAAAAAAUAAUCUAGAACAUAUCGUUACCCUUAUUGCUUCUAUACAAGACAAAUUAUGCGGUGAUACCACCAUAAAACUUAGUAAGCCAUUUUAUCUCAUACAAGCACACGCAAUACAAACCCGUACGAAUUGCGAUUCGACGAGAGGAAAUACUAGGAUAGUAAAUCCGAGAAUGCCAAUACGUAGUACGAGAUUACUACGAUGGUGACGAGAAUGUUUGUGUAAAGGCAUCCUUUGCAUACGAUUUAUGAUGGUCACUAUUGGAAAAUCAUACGUUUCCUGUGAUAUACAGAUACUGUCAAGAUAAGAAUGGAUUGAGAGAAAUAUUUAAAUCUUUUAGAAAACUUCUAUUUUUUUUUCAGGAUCGAAUGCGUGUAUUCCGAUCAAGAAUUAAACGUGAGACCUGUUAAUCAUUUGUGUUGGUCAAUGGACACACAUCAAUUUGCUGUUGCAUAUUGUUUCAAAGAUCGAAUCGAGUUACCGACAAAUUUGAGCUCAAAUGCUUACAUUUGGAACGUUGAAAUACCGAACAAACCGUCGCUGAUCCUAAAGUCAGUUUCGGCGUCUAUGGCUAUCGAGUUUAAUCAACGUGACCCGUCGUUGCUGAUAAGUGGCUUGAUGUCCGGUCAAGUGUGCAGCUGGGACACAAGAACCGGUGAUUCGCCGGUACAAAUAUCGGAACCUCUGAACAGUCACAGAAAUCCAGUAAGCCAGGCGUACUGGAUCCAUUCCAAGACCAAUACCGAGUUCUUUUCGUCGUCUAACAGCGGCACAAUCAAGUGGUGGGAUAUCAGGAAGUUGAGAAGACCAACGGAGGUUCUAGUGAUGGAUUUGGAAUAUCCCGAGAGACAGAGCAUAAAUGAAUCUAUCCCUAUCUCCGUGCUUCAAUACGAAUCUACCAUGGGUAGUAAAUUUUUCGCUGGACUUGAGAACGGGACCAUCGUGAGCGUCAAUAGGAGAGCUAUGUCAAAUACCGAGAAACUCUAUACGAGAUUCUAUUGUCAUCUUGGAUCGGUAUUGACCAUCGAUCGGAAUCCUAGUAGUUUGAAGAACUUUUUGACUGUCGGUAACAAUCACGCCAAGGUUUGGACAGAGGAGACUAGAGACCAUUGCCUGGUCCAGACAGGAAGGAAAAAAUUAGGCUGUCUAACGGGAGGAUGUUGGAGCAGAUCCAGAUUGUCUCUAUUCUUUACGAUAAAUACGGAAGGUACGUUGGAUGCAUAUGAUCUUUUUCAAGGAAUAAAUACAACGUGCUAUAAAAUUCAAAUCUGUGAAAAAUCUUUAACAACUAUCAAACCUCAUAACGAUGGUAAAAUUUUGGCCAUCGGUUCCACCAAUGGCAAUGUUUAUUUCGUCAUAUGCGGAGGCUUAUUUACUACCACAUUUCCCAAUGAUAAAUAUUUCUUCCUUUCGUAUCUAGAUAGAUGUAGUCAAUACGAAAAAGGAGUGGAAGCUCGAAAAAAAGAGAUGGCAAUGCUGUUUACUCAUAUAUCUUCACAAAUAUCUUCGGUGGAAGGUAGACCUUUAAAAUCUAAGUAUAAAGGCAAAGAAAGGACGAAGUCGAAAGAUGUCAGAAAAUCGAAAGCAAAAAAAAUGAUUCAUCAUGGAGGCAGUCCGUUUGCCGAUGAUGAAGAAAUAAUUGAAGCGGAGAAACAAUAUUUUCUUAAAUUGAAAGCGGAGAAGGAAGCUUAUGAAUCGGAAGAUAGUAGAGAGAUAGAAAGAAUAUACAACAUUUAUCUGAAGGCCGAACAGACGGAACACGAAGCAAAAGUAAUUAAGAACCAGGAACCGGUUAAAUUGUUGGAAGAAACAUCGAAGAAAAAACCGAAGCAAACAAGUUUAGAUUUGAAGACGCCACGAAAAUCAUCGAUUAAGGUCGAAGUCUCCGUUCCAUCCGAGAAAAUUGGCACGAAGCUCGAGGUGGAAAGUGUCGUAUCUGAGGAAUUAGUUAAAAGAAAAGGUAGAAAGAAGCGAGCUCUUAGUGAGAUACCACUGAAGAUUUGUGCCAUGGAUAUUUGUGAACCGGAAGUCUGUUGUGCAGGUAACGCAAAUAAUAAUAUAACUCUAAUCGAAUUCGUCGUUGUUAUUGCAUUGUUAUAACUAUAAUCGGAAAUAAUCGAGAUUCCCUUCGAAAUGUUUGAUUAUUUUCAAAACAGUUAAAUAUCUCAACGAAUAUAUCGAACGACAUUUAAAAAAAUAUUCGAUACAAUAUUUGUAUUUUAUAUAUAAUUAAUAAUGAUGCUCCAUU